AUGGCACCUCGAUUCUUGUUGAACUUUGCGAGGUUCUACAAUUCUAAUUUCGAUAAAAGACCUAUUCCAACUUUGAUAGUCACCAAUGGUGUCUUGAAUACUGUCGCUGAUGCUUUGGCACAAACUUCCACUAUGCUACUACAUACACCAACCCCUGCAUCUCCUACUGCUCCAUCAUACGAACUGGAACGUACACUUCGGUUCGCGAUUUACGGUAUGGCGAUGGGACCUCUGAUAGGACGAUGGAUGAGAGUACUGGAAAGGUCUAUUCCCGUAAAGAUGGGCUCUAAAGGUGCUGGAUUGGGUUUGGCCAAGAGGGUAGCGGCUGAUCAGCUUCUCAUGGCUCCAUUCGGUCUAUGCCUGUUCAUAACCUCGAUGGGAGUGAUGGAAGGCAGAAACUUCGAUGGGAUUCAAGACAAAUUCUCAGAUAUGUUUUAUCCCGCCUUAAUCGCCAAUUGGAAAGUAUGGCCUUUGAUACAAACUAUAAAUUUCAAAUUAAUGCCUAUACAAUAUCGUGUACCGUUUCAAUCUACUUGUGGAAUAGCUUGGACGUUAUAUCUCUCUUUGUUGAAUGCCAAGUGA